AUGGCCCUUAGGCCAAUUGGCUGGAUAUGUGGAGAGAUUGUCAGGAAAUUUGCUGGACAAGCUGGGGUUAUACAGAGAGCCAUCUUGGAAGUUAUAGAUGAGAUUAGGGAUGAAUUUCCAAAUCUAUUGAGGCUGACACGUUCAAACCAGGUUAACUAUUUUUCUUACAACAAAUUGACUAUUUUUGUUCUAAAUCUAAAAGCUUUUUUAUUUCUAUUUCAGGAAACAAAUCCCAGGGUGCAGAAAUCUGAGUCAGUUAUCACCAGGGUAUUCUAUUCAGCUCAUGGAGCUAUCAUUAUGAAUGGGCUAACUACACUAUCACAGUCUUCAAACUCCAUUGCAAAAGUCUUACAGCCGCAGCUUGUUAGAAAAUUAACAGAGUUAAAUAUCUUAUCACGACGCCUUUUGAGAACAUCAAAUACUCCCAAGCAGCCUUUGUAUAAGAUAAAAGACAAGAAAGUCUUCUUUUAUGAUAUCAUUUCCUACCCAGCAAAGGCUGCCCUUACCAGCUUAAUGUGUGCUUCUUAUGCAGCACUAAUUUUUCUGGCAGUCUCCAUUAACAAAUUGCUGGCAAAAUUAAAAGGCAUCAUUGAAACAGAAGACACUUCUAGAGAAAGCAGCAGUGAAGAUGUGGAUGAAAAUGGAUUUCCCAAAGACCCUGAAGCAACUUCCCCCCUUCAACAAGACUCUUCAAUACUUCCUAUUAAAGUAUCACAAAAGAGUGGAAGCAUCCAUACUCUACUAUCAGCAGUGGAUCAAGAAAGUGAACAAUAA